CCCCACUACAGGGCAAUCUACCUCUCUCAUGGACUGAUGCAAAGUUAAGGCCAGCGAGUUCAUCCUUUGUAGUUGGACCAGGGACUGUCAGGAUAAAGGUUUUACACAAUUCCCCUGCCCUCAUACCUUCCCAGUGUUUAUUCAUGCUGUACAUUUGCCCAUCAGAUAUUCUGAGGAUCUGCUACAAGCAGGAGUGACUGCAGAUACCAAAGAGAAAACAAUGAGUGGAAUUUCAGAGUGAGAGCAGUCAUAAGGUUUUCUGCUCAUGAGGGGAGAGAAACAAAAUGCACAAAACCAAGGAAAUUGCAGAAUGACAAAUUGUGUUAAGUGCCCUGAUCAGGGUACUUUGUUCUUGUAUUGAGAUGGAGACCAGGAGAUUCAUCAUGGAGCCAGUGGAUACUGAUAGGAGAAAGGGGAGGGAAUCUUCAGGAGGAAGUAAGGGAAAAGCAUACAACCAUUGGAAAACUCAUUUCUUGUACUCCCUAACUACCGUGCCCAUACAAUUUCUAGGGAUCUUUGUAAAUAUAUCUACUCUAAUCUCUCCACAAUACCAAUGUAAGUCUCUCCAACUGAAAUCAUUCAUGGUCUAUGUUUCUAGUGAAAAAAAAAAUCAUUGGGACAGUGCUGUGCACAGCAGGUUAAAGCCCUGGUCUGAAGCACCAGUUUUCCAUAGGGGUGCCAGUUCUAGUCUCGGCUGCUCCUUUUCUGAUCCAGGUCACUGCUGUGGCCUGGGAAAUCAGUAGAAGAUGGCCCAAGUCCUUGGGCACCUGCACCCAUGUGGGAGACCUGGAAGAAGCUCCUGGCUCCUGGCUUCAGAUUGGCACAGCUCCAGCCAUUGUGGCCAUCUGGGGAGUUAACCAGCGGAUGGAAGACCUCUCUGUCUCUACAUCUAUCUGUAACUCCAUAUUUCAGAUAAAUAAAAUAAAUCGUUAAAAAAAAGAAAAGAAAACAUCAUUAAUGUGGGCCAGCAUACUUGUGCACUGAAUUAUGCAGCUGCUUGCAAUACCAGGCAUCCCAUGUUGGAAAGCUGCAUAGAGUCCCAGCCCCUCUGCUUCUGUUCCAGCUAUCUGCUAAUGUGCAUGGGAAGACAGAAAAGAUAUUCCCAAUACUUGGGCCCUUUCCACACACAUGGAGAUCCAGGUGGAAUUCCAGGAUCCUAGCUGCUUGCAUGACAUUUUGAGUGAACCAGCAGAUGGAAAAUCUCUGUCUCCCUCUUUCUAUCACUCUGCCUUUCAAAUAAAUAAGUACAUCUUUUCCAAAAAAUCAAUGAGUAAAGCACAGGAGAAACCAAGGUGAUGUCCACCCUCCUCUCUUCUCCCUCUGCUGCCCUAACCGCCCCUCAGAGAGGGACUGAGCAGUCAGACGUAGCUGGACUGCUGUGCUUUGGCCCGAGGCCACACGCAGUGUGAGGCAUGUUGUCCUGAUGGAGGGCACACCAAGCUGAGCAUCCAGGGUGCUGUUGUGUGCUGAAUGGGACUAAGUCGCUCACUUGCAGGUGCUCGGUGACUCUGGAUCUGUUAUACUUGAAAGGAUGUCAUGUGCAUGUAGAAUUAGACCCAUUUGUGAAGACUAUCAAAUGGAGAAAUGACCCCUAAAGCAGAACAGAAAGACUGUAGAAAGGAAAAAGAUUAUAGAAAAGAAAGUUAAUCUCUUGGGAUAGAUUAAUAAAUUGACAUGUGGUGUCUCAGUGGGCUGAGUGCCAAAUAGCUGGAGGAAUUCAGCUAUUCAGACAGGAGGAAUUCAGACAGGAUGUACCCUCUUCUGAGAACGUCGUAGAGAGGAUUAGGUGGUUUGAUCUGAAAUUUAUGACUGUCUGACUCUAUGGGGAUGCCUCAGGGCAGGUGAUGGGAAUAAAUACAGCUGGAAUCUACCGCUAGGACCUUCUCAAAAAUGGGCUCCAACAUGUUCCGGUUGUUUCUUCUGGGCAUAUUCAUAGUUCUCUUCAUUGGAGACAGAGUCCUGACAAGCAAAUUGAUUCGGUUUUGCAAUCGAUGUGAUCACUUUGAUGGAGCCAUAUGCCAUGGUGGCAUGAAAAGUUGCUGGAAGUUUAAUGUGUACUCGGAAAACAAGAGUUGUGCCACAAAUCACUAUUACUAUAGUGAUCGCUUUUCAGGUACAUACCUAUUUCGUUAUACCACACUGAAUUGUAAGGUUUGUGAAGAAGGAAUGCUACAACUAUUCCAUGACCUCUUGAGAGAAACCCAUUGCUGCACUGAUAGAGACAGGUGUAAUGAUGGCAGAAAUAAUGAAGAGAUUUCAAAAAUAAUCAGAGAAGAUACAGAUACAUCUGCAUAA